GAAAUUAGCGCCCAAGUGUUUAUUCUAAGCAGCGCGUCCAACCAAUCGUAGCAAGCCAUGAGUCAUGGGCACGACCUGUUGGCUGCAUUUAUGUAACUGUUGACUGGGUCUCGCCCCCCUUCUCCCCAGCCGAUUUUGCUCGAAUGCAAUUCUUCAUUCGUACAAUGAGGAAGCCAAAUAAAGGGAUAAUCGCUACAGAGAAACUGAAGAUGGUCUAAUAGACAACCUAUGUAUAUAUUAUAAAAUGACAUGGUAUCUAUUGUAUUGUUCUUCGUGCUUGAUGAUAGUUCAACUAGAACAAUCCAUGAACAAAAAAGGCCUAACGUCAGCAAGGCUCUGUGGCUUUAUUGUUCCGUGUCUAGCGUGACCACCAACAGCUGCAAGAGGCCGAGUUGCCUUUUUGCGUUAGUGUCACCGUUCACGUGCAGAGGGUAGUAAUGAAACAGGUAUAACUUGUCUUCUCUAGACCCGGUUUGGACAAAGUUCCUGCACCACUGCAGCCGACAAUCACCAAAAUGGCACGAUUUUCCCCGCUCAUUGCCUUCGCAGCUCUUCUCCUUAUGCCUAUCACAACGGGUCUGGCGAUGCCCCAUAUUGAUGGUGGCCAUGAGCCUGCUCCCAACGGUGGCCAUGAACCUAUUCCUAAUGGCGGACAUGAGCCAAGAUUCGCUCCCUAUAUUUCCAGUCCAAAUGUGCUCAGCGUGGAUGGUGGCCACGAGCCCUAACUAUACCAUUACGAGCAUAAUAAUACUAGACAAUAAAUAAUACACAUUUGAUCAUCGAACAGCUUCUUAAGAACAGUGAGAAGCCAUCCCUCCCAACAAGCAAUAUGCAAUACCAUUUGAGAAAAAUUGGUAACCAACAUGGAAAAUCAAAAUUGUAUACUUGGAUUUUAUUGCUAAAGAUUUAAUACAUCCUAACAGUAUCGCCCAAUAUCGCUGAACUCAUCACUUGAUUAGUAUCGAAUGACAAACACAGCGUAGAAUUUAU